UCUCUCUCUCUCUCUCACAUUCAUCUUCCUCUCGCUCUUCUACUUAGUACUGCUAUCUAAGCCUGCUACUACCUCAAUAUCUGUGUGUCUCUCUCUCACGUCUCAAACCCCUCCUUAACUUUGACACAGUUUCUCACGAUAUUCACUUGUUAUUGUUCUUCUCUGUUUUCCAAUAUCCUGACGCUCUAUUUCCAAAGACAAAGCACAUCUCUUUCAAAACCACCAAACAAACAUGGAUUCUAAUUCCCCUCCUCAUCAUCAUCAUCCUCAGAACUGGCUCGGUUUCUCUCUUUCCAACCACUUCUCCUCUCCCCCUCAUAACUCCCACCUCUCUCUCUUCGAGGCCUUCACCUCCUCUCCAGACGCCGGGGUUAACUCUGCGGCGUCGGAUCAUCAUCAAGAUGCACAUGCAGGUGCAACUGAGACCGAUCUCUCCAUCUUCAGCGGAGUCGGCCCGAAGCUCGAGGACUUUCUCGGUGGUGGCUGCACCACCAACACCACCGCUGGCGUCGCAACCGCCACAGCCGAUGUGAUCACUACCGCAUCGGUAACCCCGACGUCGCUCACUGCCUUCUCAUCUACUAACGAUCAUCUCGCUGUGUCCGAAAAUGAGAUUUACGACUCCGAACUCAAAACCAUAGCCGCUAGCUUCCUCCGUGGUUUCUCCACCGCCCCUACCGCCACCGCCACCGCCACCACUACUCUGCAGCACACCAAACCCCAAAUCCACAACCACCCCGUGGGGACCACCGAAACCGCCACCAUCAAGAAAACCGUGGACACCUUCGGUCAGCGCACCUCGAUUUACCGUGGCGUUACAAGGCAUAGGUGGACAGGAAGAUAUGAAGCUCAUCUGUGGGAUAACAGUUGCAGAAGAGAAGGACAAAGCAGGAAAGGAAGACAAGUUUAUUUGGGUGGUUACGAUAAAGAAGACAAAGCAGCAAGAGCCUACGAUCUAGCAGCUCUCAAGUACUGGGGUCCGACCACCACCACAAACUUUCCGGUUACCAACUAUGAGAAGGAAUUGGCGGGGAUGAAGAAUAUGUCGAGGCAGGAAUUUGUUGCUUCCCUUAGAAGGAAAAGUAGUGGAUUUUCUAGAGGAGCCUCGAUUUACAGAGGGGUGACAAGGCACCAUCAACAUGGUAGAUGGCAGGCAAGAAUAGGAAGGGUUGCUGGCAACAAAGAUCUCUACCUAGGCACUUUCAGUACGCAAGAAGAAGCUGCCGAGGCCUAUGACAUUGCAGCCAUCAAGUUCCGAGGCUUGAAUGCGGUCACUAACUUCGAUAUGAGCCGCUACGAUGUGAAGAGCAUUGCCAACAGCAACCUCCCGAUCGGAGGAAUGUCUGGAAAAUCCAAGAACUCAUCCGAUCAAUCCCUCUCUGCUGAUAGCAAGAGCCUUGAUGAUAGAGACCUCUCCUCUGCAUCCUCCGUAACCUUUGCGUCGUCAUCUCAUCAGCCUAGUAAUUCCUCCACAUUGAGCUUUGCAAUUCCCAUCAAACAAGACCCGUCCUCAGAGUACUGGUCCAAUAUCUUUGGGUACCAUGUGCCAAACAACAACCCUUCCCUAAACAAUGUCAGGAACCCUAACAGUGUUGGGAUCGCACCAACCUAUUUUCACAGCAACAUGGAUUUCUCUGCGACAUCUAGUACUGCUACUGCAACCUCGGAAACCAACAAUGGGUUAUUCUACAGUGGGGGAUACAACGUCCAUGGCCAACAGCAGCAGCAACAACAACAACAAAGUACUAGCAGUGGUACUAAUAAUUCAAUCCCCUUCUCCACACCUCUUGGUUUAAGUAGUAACAUGGGUUAUGAUCAAGGUUCUUCUGGUUAUGGAACAUGGAUAGGGCCAAGUCUUAAUCUAUUUCAGACUCCAAUUUUUGGCAUGGAAUAAAAAGCUCCAUGAGAGUCGUCACAUGAAGGUGCAUGGAGGAUAUAGAAGACAAGACUUCGAGUCAAUGACAAUGUUGAACGUCACAUGGGAGUCAACAACUUUAGUUUGAAUAGGAAUGAGGUGGAGACUGACAAUCAGUAAUCAAAAUCCACAGAGAAGGGCACAGCUAGCUACAGCUAGUUAGCUGACACUGCUAGUGUUACUGUACUAACUCAACUUCUUUUGCUUUACUUUUUUUGUUUCUUUUGUCUUUUACCCCUUUAUUUUUGGCUCUUUUAGCUUUAUCUUUUUCUUUGCUGACAUGAUUUUAUAUGAGUAUAAUGGAAAAGAAAAUCCUUUUGUAA